CCAAAAGUCUUUUCCUUGAACAAGAUACCAACGGCAAUAAGUUGUCCUUUUUAGUGUCUUUUUUUUUUUUUAUAACUAAACUACUCCCUAUAAACCGAAACUCAGAUCAGCAGCAGACAGCAUCGAAAAAACAAGCUUCAGCUUCAGCUCCAGCUCCCUGUCUCUCUUCUCUGUCAAUAUCUGCCAAAUAUGUCGAAGCUAGAAACGAGUCUUCAAGCAGCCAUGAACGCAAGAAUAAUUGGGUCGGGGAGUGAGACCAUGGUUCUUGCACAUGGCUUCGGAGGAGACCAAUCUCUCUGGGACAAAAUCCUUCCUUACUUGACAAAACAUUACCAGGUUCUCCUUUUUGACUGGCUCUUUUCUGGAGCUGUCAAAUAUCCCAACCUCUAUGAUCCUUUGAGAUACUCUUCCUUUGAUGCCUUUGCUGAUGACUUAAUAGCGCUUAUGGAUGAACUUCACUUGACAUCCUCAGUCUUUGUCGGCCAUUCCAUGUCUGGUAUGAUCGGCUGCAUUGCUUCCAUUAAAAGACCUCAACUUUUUAGCAGGCUCAUUCUUAUCGGAGCUUCUCCUAGGUACAUUAAUACAGAUGGUUACGAGGGUGGAUUAGAGGGUGCAACAAUUGACAACAUGAUCACAAGCAUAGAAUCAGGCUACGAGAAUUGGACAUUAAGUUUCGUUAAGCUUCUUGUUGACAAUAAUGAUCCCCUCUCCGUCGAACACUAUUUAAGAUGCUUGAAGAGUAUGAACCCAGAAUUUGUGGUCCCAUUAGCUAAAACAGUAUUUUGUAGCGACGAAAGGGAAACUCUGGAGAAGGUUACGACACCAUGCACCAUAAUUCAGACCACAAAUGACCUUGUGGUGCCGGAGUCUGUUGCACGCUACAUGCAGAAGAAGAUCAAAGGGGAAACAACUGUGGAGAUUGUCAAGGCUGAUAGGCAUCUUCCUCAGUUGACUGCACAUCUUGAGUUGGUUCAUGUGUUGGGUCGAGUUUUAGGCUUUGAAAUUUGAUCAUAUAAGAAGAUAAAAUCAGAAAUGGCUAUCUAUGUGAAUGUAUAUGCGUGAGAGAAAAUAUAUCCGAGAAGAAUUUUUAAACUAUGUAGUCUGUACCCUUUAGGGGUUUUUUCAAUAAAAUAUUGUAAUUUAAAAUUUUAUUUAGAAAAAUAAUGUAACUUUUUAUUAUUUGGAAAAAUUAGUCUCAAAAAUGUUUUCAACA